AUGGGCGUUUACUUGGUGUUUUACUUCAGCCUGCUACUAUGGCUUAUUCAACCAGCAGCAUCGCAAGGAUCGCUUAUUCAACCAGCAACAUCGCAAGGAGCAGACAAGUCUGGUUGUAAAGAAACCUGUGGGGGUGUUACUAUUCCAUCUCCGUUUGGAAUAAAAGCUUGUUGCUACAAAAAUUCGUGGUUUAGAGUAACUUGCAACGAAACCGGUAAUGGGCCAAAGCCUUUCAUCAGUCGCAUCAAUCUGGAGCUACUCGGUUCGUCUUGGUUAGAUGCUGUGACCGUCAACAAUCCGGUAACUUAUCUCAAUUGUGGCAAAAAAGGGAACAAUGGCACCACUGCUCCUGCUAGUGUCAACCUAACAGACAGUCCAUUUUUCUUCUCAAAUACAUCCAAUAUAUUCGGGUCAGUAGGUUGCGGCAAUUUGGCCUCUGUUUCUCGUAAUAUUCAAACUGAUCCCAUCGCAGCCUGCCUGCAACAAAGAUGUGGCAACCUGACUUCUAAAUUAGAAGGCUGCUAUGCCAUAAUUCCUGAAAAUCUGAGAUCCUAUACUGCAACCAUGACAGAGAUCAUUGAUUCUGGGAAGCAAGAGAGUAGCAAGAGAUGCACAUCUGCUUUCAUUUUUGACCCUUCCAUGUUUAACUCAUCGGAUCCAGAUAUCGAAUUUCUCGAUGACAUAAGCAUUGAUACGACGCAUGUUCCCGCAACGCUGGAGUGGAAACCCGUCAAACGUGAUUUGAACGCCUCACAAUGCCAAGCAGGACCAGCUGUCGCAAUACCUCACAAGUCUGUCUGUGUUGAAAGAUGUGGGAAGGUUGAUAUUCCAUUCCCAUUUGGAAUUAAAGUCGGGUGUUACAGGAAUGAGUGGUUUAGAGUAAGUUGCAACGAAACCGGUGAUGGGCCAAAGCCUUUCAUAAGUAGCAUCAAUAUGCAACUACUCAAUGUUUCAUUUUCUCGAGGCACAGUUCUCGUCAACAAUUCAAUAACUUACUUCAAUUGCCCCAAUAAGAGUGAAGAUAAUAAUGGGGUUAGUGUCAACCUAACAGGCAGCCCCUUUUUCUUCUCGGAAAUCUUCAACAAAUUCGUGUCUGUAGGUUGCGGAUAUUUGGUAACUAUUUUUCGUAGUCGAACUGAUUAUCCUUUUGGUAGCUGCCUGCAACCCCGUUGUAGCAACAUUAUGACUUCCAAUGUUAGCUGCCUUAUGAAAAUUCCUCCGGGUCUCAGUUCCUUUACUGCAAACAUGACGGAGAUUUAUCCUAGUAAUGGCAGCAGGAGAUCAUGCGGAUCUGCUUUCAUGGUUGACGUAAGUUUUUUCGAUUCCGAUUCAAGUAGGACAAUACUUCCAGACCAGAAUGGCGUAAGCGGUUGGACGCACGUUCCCAUGACACUGCAACGGGGCACACCAAAAGCAGGACACGUUCCUACAGCACUGCAAUGGGGCACACUGAAACGUGGGCUGUGUGAGUUGAAAGAUGGUUCAAAUACCUUUUGUAGCUCCGGUGGUCAAUAUUGUUGGACAAACUUGAGCGCCAGCCAUCUAUGUGUUUGCAGCGUGGAUGUCAAUUCUGACAUUGACAAUUACGAUUAUUAUUCUGCUUAUUUUGCAAAUUUACCUUUUGUAUUAAUAAAUUAUGUUUCCUAUACAGGUUGCAGCACUAGUAUUGGGACAGUAUUUGUGCUACUUGGUACAUGGCGAAUGCACAAAGUACUAGAAAGAAGAAAAAACAUCAAGCUUAAGCAAAGAUACUUUAAAAGGAACGGAGGCUUGCUACUGCAACAGCAACUGUCCAGCAAUGAAGGGAAUGUUGAAAAAAUAAGGUUGUUUACUUCAAAGGAGUUGGAAAAGGCGACAGAUUACUAUCACGAGAAUCGAAUCAUUGGUCAAGGAGGGCAAGGAACAGUUUAUAAAGGAAUGUUAACGGAUGGAAGCAUCGUGGCAAUCAAGAAGUCUAAAAUGGUGGAAGAGAAGACAUUUGACGAAAAGAAGCUUGAACAGUUCAUCAAUGAGGUGAUAAUUUUAUCACAGAUUAUCCAUAGAAACGUGGUUAAGCUUUUAGGAUGUUGCCUGGAGACAAAGGUCCCUUUACUAGUGUAUGAGUUCAUCCCCAAUGGAACACUGUCUCAACUCAUACAUGAUCAAAAUGAAGAAUUCCAAUUGACAUGGGAAAUGCGUUUACGAAUUGCAAUUGAAAUUGCCGAUGCUUUAUCCUAUUUGCAUUCAGCUGCUUCUGUCCCUAUUUAUCACCGAGACAUCAAAUCUGGCAACAUACUUUUGGAUGAUAAAUACAGAGCAAAAGUGUCAGAUUUCGGAAUUUCAAGAUCAGUUGCACUUGAGCAAACUCAUAUAACCACUCAAGUACAAGGAACUUUCGGAUACUUGGAUCCGGAGUUUUUUCGGUCGAGUCAAUUUACAGAGAAGAGUGAUGUAUAUAGUUUUGGAGUUGUUCUUGUUGAACUGCUAACAGGACAAAAACCCAUCUCUUCAACACAAUCAGAGGAAGUGAGAAGCUUGGUAGCCUUUUUUCUGCUUACAAUGAAGGAGAAUUCCCUAUUUGACAUUCUUGAUCCAAUGGCAAGGAAUAAUGGUCCAGAAGAAGAGAUUAUAGCAGUUGCAAAGCUAGCGAAAAGAAGCUUGAAUCUUAAUGGAAAGAAAAGACCCACAAUGAAACAAGUUGCAAUGGAGCUGGAGAGGAUUAGAGCAUCAGAAGAAGCUAAUGCUAUUGAACAGAGUGUGGAUGAAGAUUCUGAUAUAGAUGAGAUGAUCGAACCUUGGGCUAUUACUUCUUGUUCAACGUCUAGAUCAAUUAUAAACGAUAGUGUAACUCUGCCAUUGGAUGCAUACCCCUAAUUAGUUUCCAACAGAACUUGUUAAACUUUCUGCCUUCGGAGUGUUUUUCUUUGUAAGUUAUCUGCCUGUGUCAUUCAGCUCAUCCUUGUUUUAAUUUCUAACUCUUUUUAUUUCAUUUUUCCUUCCUCUUGUUACUUUCUGCUCACCCCUCAUAGAAGGUCUCAAAUGCACGUCUAAGACCAUCUCCUUUUCAAAUGUAAUGAUUGAUUAGAAUAAUCUUUUGACGAUGGUCAAACACACCAAUUCUGAGAUUAAUAAUUUUUGUUUUAAUAUUCCCUUUCAUCUGAGAUUAAUGAUUUCUUU